AUGAUUGCCGCAACGGAGGGUGGCGGGUCGUCUGGUGAUGGUGUCGUCAUGGGAUAUGGUGGUGGACCAGCGGAUGACGGUGCUACCUCAAGAGGUGGUGGCAGGCCACCAGAUGAUGGUGUUGGUUCAAGAGAUAGUGGCAGGCCACCAGAUGAUGGCGUUGCUUCAAGAGAUGGUGACGGGCCACCGAAGGAUGGUGCUAUUUCAAGAGAUGGAGGCGGGCCGCCGGAGGAUGGCGCUGCUUCAAGAGAUGGUGGCGGGCCGCCGGAGGAUGGUAUUGCUGGAGUGUUGGUUGCUUCCAAAGACGCUAGCAGGUGUAUUGGGCCAUGCGGUGGUUCUGAUGGCUCACCCGUCGUCUUCUUCGUCAUGCAUGGUUAG